GGGUUUGCGUCGCUUCCGCUGCCGCGAAGUAAACAGAGAGAAAGGGGGGCGUCGCCGAGUGGUGGGACGCGGCGAGCCGAGAGCGACGUGACACCGGGCGAAGGAGGCGCCGGGUCGGCUGCGGUGGAGGGGCUCAUGUGGUCGGAGUGGAGGCGGCAGCGCGGCCCGAGCCCCGGUUGACGCGAGGCGCAGCAGGGAGCCGCCAGAAUGAAACGAGGAAGGAAGACUAAUGAGGCCAACAACAGUUCAUCUGAAGAGACAGCUGAGAAAGAAUCCAAGAGGCACAAGAGUGUAGAUGAGAGAACCACAGUUGUGCGGAGCCCUGACUGGGGUAACCUGCUCCAAGACAUUAUCCUGCAGGUAUUUCAGUACUUGCCCCUUCUGGAUCGUGCUCAUGCAUCACAGGUCUGCCGAAGCUGGAACCAGGUGUUUCACAUGCCUGAUCUCUGGAGGUGUUUUGAGUUUGAACUGAAUCAACCGGCUACCUCUUACCUGAGGGCUACACAUCCUGAACUGAUCAAGCAAAUAAUAAAGAGGCAUUCCAAUCACCUGCAGUAUGUAAGCUUCAAGGUGGACAGUAGCAAGGAAUCUGCAGAAGCAGCUUGUGAUAUUUUAUCACAGCUUGUGAAUUGCUCUCUGAAAACUCUUGGACUAAUUUCAACAGCCCGGCCAAGCUUCAUGGAUUUACCAAAGUCUCACUUUAUUUCUGCACUGACAGUGGUGUUCGUAAACUCCAAGUCACUCUCUUCACUUAAGAUCGAUGAUACACCAGUAGAUGAUCCUUCUCUCAAAGUGCUAGUGGCUAACAACAGUGACACGCUCAAACUCUUGAAAAUGAGCAGUUGUCCUCAUGUGUCUCCAGCUGGAAUCCUUUGCGUGGCUGAUCAGUGUCAUGGUUUACGUGAGUUGGCGCUCAACUAUCAUCUGCUGAGCGAUGAGCUGCUGCUCGCCUUGUCUUCUGAAAAACAUGUCAGGUUAGAACACUUGCGCAUUGAUGUUGUUAGUGAAAAUCCUGGACAGACUCAGUUCCACACGAUUCAGAAGAGCAGCUGGGACGCUUUCAUCAAGCAUUCUCCUAAAGUGAACUUAGUCAUGUACUUUUUCUUGUACGAAGAAGAGUUCGACCCGUUCUUUCGGUAUGAAAUACCUGUCACUCACCUUUACUUUGGACGAUCGGUAAGCAAAGAUGUACUUGGCCGCGUUGGGAUGACGUGUCCUCGGUUGGUUGAGUUGGUCGUGUGCGCCAAUGGAUUACGGCCGCUGGACGAGGAGCUGAUCCGUAUCGCAGAGCGGUGCAAGUAUUUGUCAGCUGUUGGCCUAGGAGAGUGUGAAGUCUCUUGCAGUGCCUUUGUUGAGUUUGUGAAGAUGUGUGGCGGUCGUCUCUCACAGCUUUCUAUUAUGGAGGAAGUUCUGAUUCCUGACCAGAAAUACAGCUUAGAGCAGAUUCACUGGGAAGUUUCAAAGCAUCUUGGUAGAGUCUGGUUCCCAGACAUGAUGCCCACAUGGUAACGUCCUGAAAAGACUUUAGGGCAGAUGGAAUAGCACCUUAUGCUUGCUAUGUUGCAAUUUAUUGUAUAAGCUUAAUUAAUACUGUAGUUAAUUACUGUAAGUCACUGCAGCGUUUGAUAGGGUUUCAUUCAGAAAUGAUCCGUGAAAUUCAAACAAUUUAAAAUGAAAAUCAUGAAUACUUCUAAAACCCUUCUGCAUCCAGUGAUGGAUUAGAUUUGUUCUUUUUAAUUGCUAAAUUAGAAAUUUUUAAUUUCUAUAAAAAUCAAAACAUUGAAAUGUAACUGUAAAAUAACUUCAAUAUCCUGACCUUCUCUGAUUUAGAUAGUUAUUGAUUGAGCACAAUUGGAUUUGUUAUUAAAAACCAAAAAGACUACCCACAAGUUGCAUGCUGUUGCAGACUAUAUAGCAUGACUAAAUCCAGUCACCCAGAUGACAGGGUUAAGAAUAUAUGGAGAAUUUAGUAGGCUGCGAAAUAUAUACACUGUUUAUAUAAAGUCAUAAAAAGCAAGAUCAAUAUAUAACAACAUAGGUUAGAAAAUUAAAAAGCUGAACUUGCUACCUUAUUCAGCAGAUUAUUAGAUCCAUCUAAAGUGUAUUUAGAGUGCAAACAAAUAGUAGUGAGAGCUACCAGAAGCGGUUUGCUUUUAUUUUUCCUCUAGGCAUUGUAUCAUAGUUUGUUUAUGGGGUCUCAGAUUCAUGUCCAAACCUGUUUUAAGGUAUUUUAUGUCUAGCUCAGGAAGCGGAAGCAUUCUGGGGAAACUUGUAGAUACGUUGUAUUUAAAAACGCGUUGGAGUUAAUAAGCUUUUCUUGCACAUAAACCAGUUUUGCAGCAUAUGGUUAGGCAGAAUAAUGUACAGUUUAUUAAAUGUACCCUGCGGUACUCAGUGGGACAACGUGGAUGUGAACAGUGUGAGGUGAGGUGAAAUAGGAUUGGUGACCAAGGACCUUUGAACAAGACCUUAGAUAUUGUUGGCUGCUUUCAGUUUGAGGGAAAAAAUGAUAUUGUAAUGGUUGCUUAUGCUGUAUAAACUAAUUGUACACUGUAAAUCAGUUUCAAAAAUGUUUAUGUAUAAAGUAAAUGUUUGAUAGAUGAUCAUUUUGUAUAACUUUUAAUUCAACUAGUUCCAUCAUUUCAUAUGUUAAAACCUCAAAGCAGUAAACGUGCGUGAAGUAGAGCAAUAGAGGAAAACAUUGUUUUGAUUAUUUGGUAAAUUUUUUUUCUUUUUUUAAAGAAAAUUAUAGUCUUAAAUAGUGUAGGCAAUGUAUUGCCUGUGAUCUGGAUGUGUCUUGUGACUUCACUUCCUACUGCCAACAGGUUACUUUCUAUUCUGUUGACUGAUAACACUAAACUGUUAACGUGACAGAUGAAUGUUUGCAAGGUGUGAUUGGCCACCCGCAAGGCAGAGCUUCUCCAGCCUGGGGCUGUACUGAGCUCCACUGGUGGCUGCUUCUCAUUUGAGCUGUACAGCUAACUCUAGUAAUGAGUAGGUUUUCACUUCUGGUUUCAGUAACGUUUUAUCCAAAUGUAUAGUUCAAUGGUAAUAUACUUAUGAGCAUAUUUAGUUCAUAAUGAUAUUUUGAGCAAGCAUUGCUCAGUGGACUGGAUGUCUUUAUAGGGAGUUGUAUGUUUCUGUAGAGCUUUUGUCAUGUAAAAAUCACGUUUUAUUAAAUACACAUUUUUGUAUUAGAA